GGGGAUUCGCUCCUCGCUGUUUGCCAGGGUCGACGUCGAGCUCACUGAAGGGGCAACAGGUGACCUGAGUGACGGAACGGGGAACGGGAACUGGCGAAGAGACUGAUCGUUUGUGGACAUAGCAACGAAUUCGCGUCUGCACAGGCACAGAAACUAUUCUAUUUCUCUUCAACUUCUCUCUUCGUCAUCUCCCCGUCCCCUUCUCCUCCUCCUCCCAGUCUAAACGAACUCAAUAUAUGGCCUAGUACCCACUUUCUUAUCUCUUAUUUCUUCCUCCGCUCCUUCCCCCCCCCCAUGCAUCCUUCAAGAUACGUCCCAGACCUCCCCCAGGUCGAGGCACGUUCCUUCUUCGCCUACACCCCCAACGAGGUCAAGCACCGCAAGCGCACUACCACAGCUCAGCUCGAGGUCCUUGAAGCCGUCUUCAGCACAGAAACAAAGCCAUGUCUCGCAAAGCGCAAGGAACUCGCAGACGAGCUCGGCAUGAACAUGCGUGGAGUCCAGGUCUGGUUCCAAAACAGGCGCGCAAAGCAGAAAAACAUAUCCAGAAAGCUCACAAACUCGCCCCACGCCACAUACUCUGACGACAACGACUCGUCUUCUCCGCCAGACCAGUCACCAGACGACUCCCGCACGUCUUCCACAGAGACGGAAAAAGUCGAGAACACCCCUUCCUCGUCGCCACCCGUCCCUCGGACAUCACCGCGCCAGAUCGUCAUGGACCUCAACGCGAGCAUGGAACCCCCGGCCGACCUCCUAAGUCUCCGCCGUGGCUCACUUCCCGUCAACAUGCUCCCGCACUCGGAAUUCUCCAUAGGUCCAGACGCAGUCCUCAGCCGCAGACAGAGCAUCGACAGCAUGGGCAAACUCGGCACGCACCCGUACGCCAUAGCCACCCGCAACCGCAACAGUACACUCUACCCACGGCCCUCCCUGGGCGGCGUCAGCGGCAGGCAGCAGCACCCCCUUCGCGGGGCACGCAGCAACCUCUGCCCGCCGAGCGCCUCGUCGACCUUCAGCCCCGGACAACACCGCUCGCUCGCGCACCGCGCGUCGAUGCCGCACGUGCACGCGUACUCGUCUGCGUCGCGCCGGCCGAGCAUGCAGUCGCACUCACCGCUGUCGCCGCAUGCCGUCCUCGUCGGCCAGCGCCGCGGUUCGGAGCAGCAUCUGCACCAGCACCAGCACCAGCACCAGCACCAGCAGCAACACCACUUUGCGCUGGGCAUGGCGCUCAGCGAGCGCACAAUGUCGCUCCCCGCUGGGCCCUUACCACAAGAAGGCUUCUCGUUCGGGACGCCCGCGAGCCCCGACGGGUCGUACGCGUCCUCGGAGGGCGUCGCGCCCGGCGACGCGAGCCACGGGACGUCCACGCCCGACAGCACCAGCCGGUUCUUUUCCUCGACGGCAGCGCUCCCGCCAGUGGACCUCGAUGCGUUGCAGCGGUGGAAUUUCCCGAGCGUGCCGCACGGGCCGAUGCGCCGCGAGUCGGAGCUGUCGUUGUCGCUGUCGUCGGUGGGUGCGGGGCCGGGAGACGAUACGGAUGACGCGGCAAGCAUUGUGCCGCUCUCGCGCUUUGGGUCGAUUGCGAGUGUGUCGAGCGGCACGAGCGGGGGUGGGUUUGCGUCGGACUGCGGUGGUGGUGGUGGCUUCGAGCCCGCGCCCUCUGGUGCUGGUGUGCAUGUGGAUAUGCGGCGCAGGAGCUCGUGCAUCUCGGAUAUGCAGAUCCACAUGGCGUCGCUCAACAUGCGCGCGUCGAUACCCGGUCCUGGCGGGAAGAUGCCGUACGACGGGCACAGUGCUGCCGCCGCCGCUGCGUGCGCUGCUGUACGCCGUGACCGCAGCUUUGCGCCGUCGACGGCAGCCUAUGGCCACGAUGGGUUUGGCAUGAACGGCUCUCAACAGCAGCAGCAGCACACGUUCUCGAGCUCGGACUGCGUUAAUGACCCCUCGUUGUCGUUCCAUCAGGAGAGGUGCGAUAGGUUCGGGCUUGACCAGCUUCACUCGUCUGGCUCAUCGGUGUCGCCGUCGACGAUCUCGCCCCAUGGGCCGUCGUCGCCGAACGACGCGAAGGGGUACAUGCUCAGCGAGUCCAACCCGUCAUCGCAAGAUAGCGCCGCCUGCCUGACCAACAGCAUGUUCAUGGCCCCGCACUCGUUCCACCCCUCCGGCGGCAUCUCCCCGCUCGACGAGUCGUGUACCGCAGCCUCGGACAUGGGCGUUAAUGGCCAUGGUAACGUCAGCUACCACUUCCCGUCCGCUGUUUCGGGCCCGCAUCCGUACGACGGAAGCUUUGCCCCGGACGCCGCUGUCGGUCCGUCUGCCGGUGCGGGAGCGGGGAUGGAAGGCCGCGGGUCGUUCUCGGGGCCGGCUGUUGGGCAUCAUCAUGGGCAUGGGCAUGGGCAUGGGCAUCAUGGUGGUCAUCAUGAGGCUGAGCUGGGUUAUCCUUCCGAGGCUGGCCUUGGUGGCCACGGCGACUCGCAUCUGCAUCAUGCGCAUGCGCAUGGGUUUUCUUCCUUGUCGUGACGGUGUUGUGGUGUUGUGACAUCGUCGACGGUGGUUGAAGAUGACGUUAAUGCGCCGCCUUUGCCUUUGCCUUGGACCUGAAUCAUCACAGAACUCAAGACAGAACCAGUAGUAUCCGCCCUCCCCGUCUCCUUGAACCGCUGAACCGUGAUCUGCGGAACGGCGUGCCGCCUUCGCCACCCCCCCUCCCUCAACUUAUCCACCACCACCCCAUCCAAAGUAGGCCCAAGGCCGUUUUCGAAAGAGACGUUCGUUUUUGUGGUGUGGAGAAACGCAGACGCCGGGACCGACACCGGGGCGAGGGACACCGACCAGCGUUGGAAUUCAUCAUGUCGACAAGUAUCCAGCCUGCCACUGCCACUGCGCGCAUCUCUCCGUGUGCUCCUCCUCGACCGCUUGUUCUUCGCCGUGUCUCGGGCAAUUCCGUGGGCUACUGUUUUUUGAAUGAUUAUGCUUGCGGUGUUCCGAUAUGGUCUAUCCUCCUCAACGUAACGCAACGGUCUUUUUGGGAUGGUCUGACCUGAUGGCCGUUCGCCCGUCUGCGCCUCCAUCUCCAUCCUAUCAACCACGAUGUUCCGUGUCCGUGUUUAUCUCACCCCGGUCCCGCCCGCAGAUCUUUUUCGUCUCGUUUCUUCUUGCUCUCCUUUCGGCUUUCGCAUCCUAUGCCCGCGCCAACCGUAAAUUUAUCGUGUUAACAUAUCUUUAUCCUCCUUUGACAUCUCCCCCCCUUCCUGGCUGAUCUACACUUUACAUGUUCACUUGCGCGCGCGCGUGUUCACGGACUCUUGAUUUCCUCCCUGUGCAUUUCCUCCCUUUUGCUCUUUGUGCUGUCGUGCCUUCGUCUGUGCCUGCUGGCCUGCUGGCUGGGUCUCGCGGGCACGGCGCGGUGCCUCCCAUUUGUGCUUGCCUUUACAGUCUCGUGUCAUCCCUCUGGCCACUGGCCUAUGCCUCUCGCGUUGCUUCUGUCCAUGGUUCAUUCGUUCGUUGUCCAUAUACAUAUUAUCACCCUCACUCACACGUUUCUCCCUGUUCCCUCUCAACCCCGUGCUCCACCACCCUCUCGCCGCCUCCGUUGGUUUUUGGCCUUUUGCCACAUUCCACCUCCCACGUUCGCGUUAUGUCCGGUUUAGAUCUGCGAUUUCAGCGGGCCAGCUUUAGCCUUUCGCUCUCCUGGCCGACUCUACGCUGCUUUAUGGCGCCCCCCGUCUUCCGCCAUCAAACCCCUACCGUCAUCCUCGGGCCUCUGCGCCCCUCAUCAACCGGUGUUUUAUCUACAUGUUUUGAUCUAUGGUUUCGCGUUGUCGUCUUCCUCUUCAUUUUUAUUCCUCUAUUUCUGCCGAUUUAUCAUCUUAUCUUUCUCCAUCUCUGAUUUUUCUCUGUGAUCGACCGUGUACCUUAGGUUACCUGGCUGCUUAAUCUCCC